CUCCGCUUUUAAAUCCAAAAAUUCUGCAGUGUUAACAUUAACAGAAGCUUCCCUACCUUUCUUUCUCCUUCUUUCUUCAUAGCAUUCUAUUAUUUAAGUCUUCAUCAAAUACCACGUCUCGGAUCCAAAAGCAUAACUAAAGAAUGGGUCUCCGUUUCAUGGACCAGCUCAAAGAUCAGCCUUUAUGGCUUCUUCUGCUCUUCACUUUGGGUUCUCUUUCACUUCUGAAAUUCCUUUCCGCUACUCUCAAAUGGGUCUACGUUAGUUUCCUCAGACCUGCCAAGAAUCUCAAGAAAUAUGGGUCAUGGGCUCUCGUUACUGGGCCCACUGACGGUAUUGGCAAGGGAUUCUCUUUCCAAUUGGCUCGAAAGGGUCUCAAUCUAGUCCUGGUGGGCAGGAAUCCUGAUAAACUCAAAGACGUGUCAAGUUCUAUUCAAUCCAGAUACAGUAAUGUUCAGAUCAAGAACGUUGUUGUUGAUUUCAGCGGCGAUGUUGACGAGGGUGUUCAAAAGAUCAAGGAGACUAUUGAAGGAUUGGAUGUUGGUGUCUUGAUUAAUAAUGUUGGGGUUUCUUAUCCUUAUGCGAGGUUCUUUCAUGAGGUUGAUGAGGGGUUGUUGAAGAAUUUGAUUAAAGUGAACGUGGAAGGCACUACCAAAGUUACGCAAGUUGUUUUGCAUGGGAUGUUGAAGAAGAAAGGUGCUAUUGUUAAUAUUGGUUCUGGUGCUGCCAUUGUUAUUCCUUCUGAUCCUCUUUAUGCUGUUUAUGCUGCUACUAAAGCGUACAUUGAUCAAUUCUCAAGAUGCCUUUAUGUUGAAUACAAGAAAAGUGGGAUUGAUGUGCAGUGUCAGGUUCCGCUUUACGUGGCAACAAAGAUGGCAUCAAUAAGGAGAUCUUCCUUUUGGGUUCCAUCAGCAGAUGGUUAUGCCCGGGCAGGUCUGCGUGCCAUAGGCUAUGAACCUCGCUGCACACCUUACUGGCCCCAUUCCCUUCUCUGGGGUUUGAUACAAUUGUUGCCAGAAUCAAUUGUUGAUUUCUGGAGACUGAGUUUUUGCCUCGCGAUUCGAAAGAAGGGACAACUUAAAGAUUCCAGGAAGAUGGAAUGAACAGUAUAAGCUCAACUUUGGUUAGCUUGGGAAUUUGGUCUGUGGAUUAAACUUUCAGGAUGCUGAUCGUGUACUUAUCAUUUGAAGUCACAAAAAUAAAAAUAAACACGCCACUUUAUUGAUUAAUU